CUCUAAUACGCAGAGCCAGGGUUGCAUUUAGAGCUUGACCAGGCUUCACAUCGUCGGAGAACAGAAUGACAGAAGUCUCUUCUGUUACUGCCCAGCCUGAUUGGAACUAUUCUUUCUCGUCGCCCACACUUCAUCGUUCGUAUUCCCAAUCGUCAUUCCUUGUGGGCUCUUUGUCCUUCCAACCUCCUCAAAAGCCUCGCGUCGAGGCUGAAUACAGCUGUCGGAUACCAGUCUCCGUUCACCCGCCCGGUUCCUCGAGUCCUCGAACGGCCCAUACUGACUGCUGGGAUUCGCCAUUGCUUAAACCAACACUGAUCACCAGUGACCCUUACACCGUCCCACCAGCGUCCGGUAGCAUCCCGAUAAACAAUUCAUGUCCUAGUACUCUAGUUCCAUCUAAGCACGCUGAGUUCGCCGAGGACGACGCUAUGGUACAGGUUCAGCCUUCACGACAUGUCGACUAUCUCUCUUACGACUGGAAAGAGGACGAUAUCUGGUCGACGUGGAAACACAUUCUCUCGAACCGAAAGGUGUGCAGUAAUAGUGCGAGACUCGAGAACGCGGCAUGGCGAGCAUGGGCGAAGUCGAAGUACCGGCUUAAGUCCGUGUCCCCUGAGUCUGUGAAUUGGCUGAAGGAUCGCGACGUAACAUGGUUGUACGGUCCUCUCCAGACAAGCUGCGCCAAAAUAUCAACGCCACCUGCUUCUAUAACCGGCGUCGGAAUAUCGAAAUCGGACUCUUUGCUCAACAAGAAACCUAUCCUGAAGAAACGAAGUGACUUCGAGAUCAUGCUUCGACUGUCGCCAUCCUCGGCAUCACUCCUAAAUCCAGCAGCAUUGAGACAAGGCAUUGGCAAUGAAUUCCCCUCCGCCACUACAUCGCGGGAACGGUCACCAGCAGCGAUCGAGAAGCGACAUAUUCAUUUCUAUGACAAAGUUGAGCAGUUUAUCGCAAUGGGUGUCGAAGAUGGCGAUGGCGACAAAGACCCAAGAGAAAUCUACAGUUAUGAUGAUGAUAGCUCGUCGGACGAUGGACUUCUCAUCAUGAAAAGGCCAUCGAAACCGAAGGUUCUACAACAAAGCAAUCGAAACUGCUCGCAGACCAGCUUUAGUCCUAAGAGCAGAACGAUAGCAAUCCUGCCAUCCACAACGCUAAAGUCCGGAGUAGAUACUUUGGAUCUAACUGAGCUAAAAACAAGAGACGACGGAAGGCUCUCUUGGUAUCUCUCGCCGGAGACAUCUCCAUUAACAGAGUCAGCUAUAGACAUACUGCUCGAGAGCCACGACGAAAUUGCAGACGUAUCCUGGAACCUGCCCAGUGCGUCCGCCAACCACAAGAACCGUAUCUCUAUGGCACACGAUAGUUUACUACAGAACUCUUCAUGGGAGACGAGCGGAUGCGAAGCGCAUAGGCAUCUGAGCUGCAAUCCUCGUGGGAUGUCUAUGCUCUGCAAAGAAGGCGACAAUGAUGUGGUAGCAGCGGGUCUAUUUGGGCGAGUGACGGAUGGUAUGAAUACUGCAAAGGACAUCGCAUAUGUCUUAUGGAACGUCGGAUGGGAGAAGUAGUCUUCAACCUCCCCAGUCCCACAUGGCUGUACAGGUGGGCGUUACCUAUGACUUCGAC